UUAAGAAAAGAGUCGUCGUUUCAGAAGCAGCCCUGACAGCUCUGUCACUUCACUCACACCUCUAAAUUUCCCUUUCUGUUGUCAGUCAGCAGACAGCAGACUGGGGAUCUGAUGGGCCUGAGUGAUGUCCAAAUACAUAAGACAUCGGAGAGAGACCCAGAGCAGCCCGUCAGAAGCCGUCAUUUUCUGCCUUUAUUCUUAGAGGAGCUGUCAGGACUUUCAGAAGUUCCCCCUGUGCCAGGAUCUCAUCUCCUGAGCCGCCAUCUGCAGCCCACGCAAAUAGGCACACAAGGGCUGAGGCUUCCUCUGGCAUACUUUCCAGAAAUUACAGUUUGGGUAUGAUGUUGAAUUCCUCUGGCCUGUGUGCUACUUGGGUUGUCAGCAGACCCACAUGGAAGACAUGGCGCCUGCACUGGGAAUUCGCUGCGUAGACAGACACUCUGACUUGGGGUUGCUUGCAACUACAGAAACCAGACAGCUCUGCCAUUCGGGAACAGGUAGACAUUAUAUCUCACAUUCUAAAAUAGGAAGAAAAACAGAUGUUGGGUUUUAAAAUGCUUGCUUCUGAGCCUAGAACCUAAGAACUCAUCCAUGUCAUUCCCAUUGAUGUCACUGCCAUUAUUGUGUCACAUGGUUUCAUGUAACAGAUUUAAUCCCAUGAAGGGAGGCUGAUAACAUGUUCUGUCAGACAUGCCUCUGCCUGGGACUCACAGCAUAUCAGGCUUAGGUCAUUCGGAGCACGCAUCAGCCUGGAACUAAGCCUUCCAGAUGCAGUGUGAAGCUCUGACUUUUGGCGAUAGAUGCUUGAGUAUCAAUUCUGUAUCGUCUUUGGGGAUCUUGCUGAAAUUCUGGACAUCCUUCUUUUAUUUUAAGAGUUAUUUCUCUGUGUGUAUCUGUAUGAGUGUAUGUGCAUACGUGGGAAGGUGUGUGCUUGUGCAUGUACACAGAGGCCAGAAGAGGGUGCCAGGUAUCCCCUCCUAUCACUUUCCACCUAUUCCUGGGAGGCAGGGUCUUACUUUGAAUGUGCAACUCCUGUUUCUGCUGGGCUAGACAUCAGAGAGCCCGGUGAUCCUCCUCUUUUUAUAUCUUCACGGAGUUGGGUCACAGGUGUUCCAGAGACACUCAGCUUGUUAUUUGUGUACUUGGAUCCAAACUCCAGCCCUCAUAAUUGUGGAGCAAGUACUCUAAACCACCAAGCCAUCACUCUGGCCCCAUGUGCAUUGCUCUUUCAUUGUCUGUAAAACAGGACUCCCCAGCAACCCCUGACUCACAUAGACUUGUCGUGGUUGAGUGCCAUAUUUAUAGCUCUUCCGGGGAGCGUCUCAUCUAUGAAUUCUUUGAUCCUCACGACUCAAGGAGACCAGUAAAUAUUUCUUCUGAAGUCCUGGUUUCAAUCCCUAACUCUGCAUCACUACACACAUAAACUAAACAUGGUGGGGGCGUGCCCUUAAUUCCAGCAUCUGAGAGGCAGAAGCAGGAGAGUCAGAAGUUCUGGGUCAUCCUUGGGUACACAGUGGGUUUGAAGCUCAUCUGGUUCCUCUCCUUAUGUGCCUCUUGGCUUUGGGUUAGCACUAAGAGAGAAUAAACACAGAAAGAUAUUUAAUAAAAUAGACCCUUUGUAUAAAGCAUUCUUAGUUAAGUUGUAUCUCAGGUCGGAUGUCUCUUCAAAGAGACCUCUAACUGUUAACUGACUCUAAACUGAGUCCCCACUUCUAAGUGGCCCCCAUUCUCUAUUCCACAGUAUUGAAGUUUCUUUUCUCGGAAGAGUACCUGUUACUGCCAUUAAAAGUGUUGCUUAUUCAUGUGUUUUUACAUGUACUCUCUACCCUUAGUACAAUAUAAAUUCCAUGACCAAAGGCCUUCAUCUUCCAUGUUUACUCCUGUACAUAGUCCAGCUGGCAGAAGGGCCCUAACAUAAUGGUCACUGGAAGGACUGAGCGCAUUCAGGAGCCUGGAGGAACUCAUCUUAGACAACAAUCUACUCGGUGACGACCUCCUGUUGCCACGGUUACCCCGCUUGCACACCUUAACCCUCAACAAGAACCAAAUUACCGAUUUGGAGUACCUCCUUGAUCACCUGGCGAAAGUGACACCAGCCCUGGAGUACCUCAGCCUGCUGGGAAACAUGGCAUGUCCCAAUGAGCUGGUCAGCCUGGAGAAGGAUGAGGAAGACUAUAAGAGAUACAGGUGCUUUGUUCUGCACAAGUUGCCAAAUUUGAAGUUUCUGGAUGCCCAGAAGGUCACCAGGCAAGAACGGGAGGAGGCAAUGGUCAGAGGGGCCUUCAUGAAGGUAGUGAAGCCCAAGGAUUUCAGAGUCAGCCAACAUCACCAACCCCAGCCAAGCGCAGCAGAUGAAGUCUUUGGGGUCAGACUCUGGCUAUCCUGCCUUCUUGCCCCUCCACCUCUGCACUGCCCUGAGCAGAUCUCUCUUCAUCUUUCCCUCCUUUGCCUUGGGAUCGGAAGCUGUAACCCUCCCUGCCCAUGGAAAUCUGAAGAUGUACUGACUAGGCUGCCCAUGCACUGGGAUGCUGCAUUUUGUAUGUGCUUGCGUCGCUUCCAAAGCUCCAUGUCUCACAAUCCUGCACACACAGAAGAAAGGGGACACCGACUCAGAGAAGUUUGUGGGAUUGCCCAAGGGCACUUGGUCAUGUACUCCAGAGCUGGGAUUUUACCCUUCUAUCUGACAUGGGGCCUUCUCACUCUGCUGUUUUAGCACUGGAGAGAGAGAGAUCAGUAUUUUUCCUGGGGAUGACGUGGCACACAUGACACUCCCCAGGAGAGCCUGAGUGAGGAGGGCAGGUGGGGUGGACUGCUUUGCAGAAUGGAGCUAGGGAGAGCUGGAAUCCCCUCUUGCCUUUGAGCAUGGUGGGAAAGGGUUCCUUGAGACCUGCAGUCAGCUGUCUGAGUCAUUAGUGACACCAGCAAUAGUGCUCUUCAAUGUUCCCAAUUAGCUUCCAAUCAAUUAUAGAAUUAGCACGUUUGUGUGACUGACUCCAAUGCCCUUACUAACUGCAUUACACCUAAAAAUUCCCAUUAAUUAUUUCAGGAGAGAGACAAAAAUACCCUUGACAAAGCAGGGUGGGGAUCUUGGCUUCUCUUUCUGUGGAGUCACAGGAUUUCCCAGCUGGAGAGCACCUCAGAAGUCUUUCUGGCUUUGUGCGUGAGGGAUCUGGGAGAGAGGCAGAAGCCUCAGUACUGAUGAGGCAUAGGAGUCUUGGGUUCUGGUUAAGUGUGCUAUGUGAUGAUGCUUCAAGCCUGGAAGAAGAUUCCAUGAUAUUAUUGGCUUAUCAUAUUGCACACAUCUGCUGAAUGGCAGGCACUUCCCUUUUGUCUGUUGCUUGCUGAGAUACACAGUGGUAUUUUUCCUCCAGAUAGAAGGAAGCCAAACGAGCUUUUUGCUGAAUUAAUAAACUGGCAUUCAGAAGGC